AUGGAUAAAAACAAAACAGGCGCAGUUAUUUUUUUUUCUGUUUACUUUUCAAAUGUUUCUAAAUUCUUCUUUGAGGGAGAAUCAAUAAAAUGCUGAACGUAUUUUUAUACGCUUUAUCCGUUAGCGUUAUCCAUUAGCUCCUGCGAAAUUGCUACUAAAUUGAUACCGAGUUUUUAAAGCUACGUAUUUCCACUCCGUCUGUCUAUUUUUUUAAUCGUCUGCUUUUGGCUUAAACACUGCUGCUCAUAAGUAUUAAAGGGCUAAAGUUCUUUUGUGUCAGCAUGGAAAAAGAAGUGUUGAAGCCUCGGGAUAUUGAGAGGGCUAAAAACUACUGGGCUGAGCAGGAUCUGGAUCAGGUCUUUGAUUGUGUUUCUGUGUUCCUGAUUCACCUGAAGCAGGCCUUAAAGAAGGAAAUAGCCACAGACAGAGAAAUGGUUCAAGCCUUCAGGGUGGUGGAGUCUCUGGACUGCUUGUCUCCUGUUUCGACUCAGAACCCAGUGGUGGUCCAGGUGGUCAUUGAUGAGCAGCUGCAGGAGAACAUUCACAUUCACACUCCAUCACCUCUUCCCUCUGAUGCUCUUGCCUCCACCAAAGUUGUAACAAAUGGCCCAUUCAGCACCACUGCACUACCUGCUGGCACACCGGCAGCGCUAGUAUCUGUUCACACCUGCAACAAGGCCUGUCUUUCUAGAUUACCCAGCAUUCCUGAGUCAACCCCUCCAUUCUGGGAUCAGAACCCUCUGUUGGUGCCACUGCUGUGUGGCUUCACCAGGCUGAGUGCUGUGCCACUGAUGCCAGUCGGGUUGGAAGAGCCCCCACCACCUCAAGAAAUUCUUUACAAAGCACCAUGUGGACUAACACUGUGCAACCAGGAGGAAGUAAUGCGUUUCCUGCGGACGACUGGCUCCUACAACACCCUGCAGGUAGAUUUUUUUACCUUUAGCCCCACACUGAAGUUGGACGCCCCUACUUUAUCAGGCCUUAAACGUCCAGAGGUGGACCUUAGUCGUGGGAUAGAGCCAAUUCCUGUAGAACUGUGCCCGAAAGAAGUGGGCGCUUUGCCAGCAGAAUUUCGCUACCGAAAGGACCGCUGGCCACACGGCUGUUUCCUCAGUCGAAACCCUUCACUCUUCAACGCCUGCUGUGACUGCGUAGAUGGCUGCACAGACCCCCAGCGUUGCGCCUGCAUCGCACUGACCAUGAGAGGUCGCCACUACAUUCACCACAGACUGAUGGAGCCUGUUCCCUCAGGUGUGUAUGAGUGUGGUCCUUGGUGCAGCUGUGACCGAUCUCUUUGUCAGAAUCGUUUGGUCCAGCGGGGAAUCAGGAUUCGCCUCCAGGUUUUCCAAACAGACCAGUGUGGCUGGGGAGUUCGCUGCCGUGACGACCUGGACCGUGGCACCUUUGUGUGCAUCUAUGCAGGUGUGAUCCUGCAGCGCCUCCUGUCGGCCACUGAGCCAACACCACCCAAGCUGAUACGUUGCGAUCUUCCCUCUGAUGACGAUGUGGAGGUGGUUACUGAGUGGCUGGCUCCACCCAUCCUGGAGGCACGGAGCACUUCAGCGCAGACGUUGCCUCCAGCCCAGUCUUCUUCCACCUCACCUCCACUACACAUGCCCGUGAUCCAAAGGUCAGGAGAAGCUACUGCUCACACCACAGAAGCUGUCAUCCAGGGACCACAACUGACAGAAACAGUGCCUCCUGCAGAACCUCACAUCAAGAAUGGACAAAAGAAGGAGAGCCGGUCAAACCUGAAGCGAGUCGCAAAGAUGGAGGACGUUUAUCUCCUGGACGCCAGCAAGGAAGGGAAUGUGAGCCGAUUCUUCAACCACAGCUGUGAGCCAAACAUGUUUGUCCAGAACGUCUUCACUGACUCUCAUGACCCCGGCUUCCCUGUCAUCGCCUUCUUUACUAACAGGGAGGUGAAGGCUGGCACUGAGCUAACAUGGAACUACUGUGACAACGUUCUCACUGCAUCGCUGCAGAAACAGGAAAUGCAGUGUCUGUGUCGCAGUAAUAACUGUCAAGGACAGUACAUCGUUGAGGAAAACUUGUGCGAUCUCUGCGACAUUAAAGGUCACACAGACACAGAGGCUUAGAAAUCAAAUGUUUUACACUUGAUUUUUUUUUUCACUGUUUUGUAAUACACUUGUGUUGCUUUCCUUCUUACAAUAAAAUCCCCUUUUGUA